GAACGCUACAUUCUUCUAUUUCUUUGUAGCUGAGUUGUAUUGGGGAUCAUGUCCGGCAGAGGCAAACAAGGCGGCAAGGUUCGGGCUAAGGCCAAGACCCGCUCAUCCCGGGCUGGGCUGCAGUUCCCAGUUGGCCGUGUUCACCGCUUGCUGAGGAAAGGCAAUUAUGCCGAGCGGGUGGGAGCCGGAGCUCCGGUCUAUCUGGCCGCAGUACUCGAGUACCUGACCGCUGAGAUCCUGGAGUUGGCCGGGAACGCUGCCCGGGAUAACAAGAAGACCCGCAUCAUCCCCAGGCACCUGCAGCUCGCUGUGCGCAACGAUGAGGAGCUGAACAAACUGCUCGGAGGGGUGACUAUCGCUCAGGGCGGGGUCCUGCCCAACAUCCAGUCCGUGCUGCUGCCCAAGAAAGCCGAGAGCUCCAAGCCGGCCAAGGGCAAGUAACGCUCCGAACGAUGAACUCUAAGCAUCAAAUAACCCAAAGGCUCUUCUCAGAGCCACU